UCUUCUUCCUUCUCCUCUCUUUUCUCUCUUCCUCCUUGAGCUUCAGUUUAAUGGCUAUAGAGAUCGAACAACCUUCUGUUGGAUUAUCAAGAGUUGCAAUUUCCAAUACCCAUGGCGAAGACUCGCCGUAUUUCGCGGGGUGGAAAGCGUACGAUGAAAACCCUUACCACGAAGAAGAUAACCAGUCUGGUGUUAUACAGAUGGGACUUGCUGAGAAUCAAGUUUCUUUUGAUUUGCUGGAGAAGUACUUGGAAGAUCACCCCGAAGCAUGUAGCUGGGGUGGAGGAGCUCCUGGUUUCAGAGAAAACGCCUUGUUUCAAGACUAUCAUGGCCUCAAAUCUUUCCGACAGGCAAUGGCGAAUUUCAUGGAGCAAAUAAGGGGAGGAAGAGCGACAUUCGACCCCGAUAGAAUAGUGUUAACUGCAGGCGCAACUGCAGCCAAUGAGCUAUUGACUUUCAUAUUGGCAGAUCCCGGUGAUGCUUUGCUUGUUCCGACCCCGUACUAUCCAGGAUUCGAUAGAGAUUUGAGGUGGAGGACCGGUGUGAAAAUUGUGCCGAUCCAUUGUGAUAGCUCAAACAAUUUCCAAGUUACACCGGAAGCACUCGAGGCUGCAUAUGAACAUGCAGAAUCAAUGAACUUGAACGUUAGAGGAGUCCUCAUAAUAAACCCGUCGAACCCUCUAGGUUCAACUGUCCAACGGUCGAUACUCGAGAUGAUUCUCGAGUUUGUCGUACGUAAAAACAUUCACCUCAUCUCCGACGAAAUCUACUCCGGGUCGACAUUCUCGCCGUCGGAAUUCAUAAGCAUUGCCGAGAUUCUCCGAGACCGCGGCUACAAUAAUGUCGAGACCGAAAGAGUUCACAUAGUUUACAGUCUAUCUAAAGAUCUCGGCCUCCCUGGUUUCCGAGUCGGAACGAUAUAUUCCUACAACGACAAGGUCGUCACGACGGCGAGGAGGAUGUCGAGCUUCACUUUGAUUUCUUCCCAAACGCAACACCUCUUGGCCUGCAUGUUGUCCAACAAGGAAUUCACCGAAAACUACAUAAAGACGAACCGUGAGAGGCUGAGCAAGAGACACGAAACGAUCAUACUGGGGUUGAAGAAAGCCGGGAUCGAGUGCUUGAAAGGCAAUGCGGGGUUGUUUUGUUGGAUGAAUUUGAGUUCCUUUUUGGAUGAACCGACGACGGCCGGCGAGUUGGCUCUUUGGAAGAUUAUAUUAAACGAUGUGGGACUCAAUAUUUCGCCGGGAUCUUCGUGCCAUUGCUCGGAGCCGGGGUGGUUUAGGGUCUGUUUCGCCAACAUGAGUGAGCAAACACUUGGGGUUGCACUCGAAAGAAUCCAUAAAUUCAUGGAACAAAGGAAGAACUUGAGUAAAGUUAAUGUUUGAUUAUUUUU